AUGGGGAGCGUGUGUGUGGGUGCUCGCCUCGCUGAGCUACAAAAUGACUGUGGUUCUGGCCAGAAUUAUUUAUUAUUUUCUGACCAGCUAAAGAACUUGGUCAGUGUGUUUGACCUUAAUGGUCAAGAGAUUAUAAAAGCACUUAAAGGACUACAGGAUUUGGAUAUGACACUGGAUAUUCUAAUGGAAACUGGUAUAGGCAAAACAGUUAACAGUUUCAGGAAACAUGCCACUGCUGGAAAGGUAGCUAAAUCUCUGGUAAACCAAUGGAAAAAACUUCUUCCUCCAGGAAGUGAAAGUGAUCACAGAGGCAAAAAACAAAAUACCGAAAAAGAAAAGCAUGAGACCAAGAAGUCUUCCAUUUCCAAGGAGAAUAAGCCUUCAGAGAAGUCCAAAGCAUCUCUAACGGCCUCCAAAAGCUCUCCUGUUUCUCAAAAGCUGAAUAAGGAGCAUUCUUGUAUGGAAAACAAACACAGAAGUAGAGAUUUUGAGUCACAAAAGGCAUGUGAUAGUAAAGAAGGUAACAGCAGUGGGUCCAAGCAUGCUGUCUGUGCCUCCACAGAUGGCAAAAAAAAUUCAGAGAAACAGCAUUCUCAUGUAGUAGCCAAUAAAGACUUAUCUCACCCAAAGGAAAAGACUAGUAAAGGUGCUUCCAAGCAAAAAAAUCCUGAGUGUGUGGAGAAACCAAAACAAAAACUUGCCAUGAGAAAUAAAGCUGAAUUAUCUAGUGAUGAGGAAUUUGAGCCCCCAACUAUGUCUUUUGAAUCUUAUCUUAAUUAUGAUCAGGUUACAAAUAAAAGAAAGAGGAAGGCUGCCUCAAGUAAACAGCCAAAGAAGCCCAGUGAACAGAAGAGCAGUUCCUUAACACAAACCACUUCAAAAGAUCCUGGUGCAAAAGCAGGAGAAGGUAUACAGCAAUCUGAGGAUGAUCAGUCAGAAACUCCCAGUAAAAAGGCCAAGGUGGCAUCCCUCCAAGAUCUUCUGAAUACUCCACUGCCUAAAUUUCUGCCGGACAUCUCAGUCUCUUCUCUACCAUAUGCUGCUGAAUUUAAAGCACCUGUGGUAGAAGCACCCCAGCAAGUCAGAGAGACAGUUCAAUUCACGGGACGGAGACUGAACUCUAAAAUGCAAGUUUAUUCUGGCUCUAAAACAGUGUGUCUUUCAAAGAUGCUUACACUGUAUGAACAGUGCAUCCGUGUGCUUCAAAAUAAUAUUGAUUCUCUGCAUGAGGUAGGAGGUGUGCCCUUUGAAAUUCUUGAGCCUGUGCUAACACGUUGCACACCACAGCAGUUGUUUCGAAUAGAGGAGAGUAACCCGACGUUCACAGAGGAGUCGGACCACUUGUGGAAGAAACACUGUCAGCGGGAUUUUAAGAAUGAGAGCCUCCUGGAAUAUGAGUCUUGGCGUGAAAUGUACUUGAGGCUCUUUAAUCAAAGAGAAGAAAAACUGAAGAUGCUUACAAAAAACAUCCUCUCCGCUCAGUCUGAGAAACCCAAAGGCCGCCAAGUGAAGAUGGCUUACAUAAACAGUGUGGCCAAGCCACCCAGGAACGUUCGCCGGCAGCAAGAAAUCCAUGGGACAGCAGGAUCUGUCAUUCAACUUCAUCCCGUGGAGAAGCACAAAACAAGGGUUCCAGAGAUCAGAGACAGAAAUAGCACUUCAUCAAAUCCCAGCUCUACUAUCAACAGUGGAAACGCCAGCUCAAGCGGAGUGACUCAGGAUGGGAAGAAAACUGUAAAAAGAAUUGCACCAAUUAUGAGGAAGACUUUGAAAGCACUGAAGAAUAGAGCUGGGCGGCGAUAA